GGUAUAGCGCUGACCAACAAUGUAGCUUAGCUGCGACAUGGCGGGGUUUCGAGAAGUUGGUCGGCAACAUUUCCCGCUAGAGGAUAUUCCGUCUAUUGUGAGAUUAUUCAAGCAACAAUUAGAAAGUUCAUCUGAACCUGACUUGGCGCUGUUAUCCAUUGUUGUUGGGGCAGUUGAGAAUUCGUUGACAUGUAGUAGGAUGUUAACUGUGCAGAAGGAAACGGACACGUUGGGUGAACCCAAGCUGCCCGCUGUCGAAUAUCAUAUUGCAGAAGCUUUGUAUUCCAAAUUUCAUGCCAUAAUCAAAGGUGCUGUGGACUUAACACAGUACAGUGGCAGUAAGUAUGCCACAAGAGAGCUUGUUAAAAAGGUAUCAGAUGUAGUCUGGAAUUCGUUAACAAGGAGUUAUUAUAAAGACAGGGCUCACUUGCAAAGUCUCUACAGCUACUUGACAGGAAACAAGUUAGACUGUUUUGGAGUGGCAUUUGCAGUGGUGGCUGGCUGUCAAGUGCUUGGCUACCAAGAUGUUCAUCUGGCAUUGUCUGAAGAUCAUGCAUGGGUUGUUUUUGGGGAAGGAGGAUCAGAAACCGCUGAAGUCACAUGGCAUGGAAAAGGGAACGAAGACAAACGUGGUCAGCCAGUUGGCCCUGGCAUGGGUUCAAGAUCAUGGUUAUAUGUGAAUGGUUGCCCUGUAAUUUGUACAAGGCCCAUGGAGGUUGCAGCAUUGGUGUCUGCUAUCAAUCCAAGUUUAAGUUCAUCAAGUGAUGCUAUGGAAGUUGCACUUCUUCAGCAAGAACUUCUUUGGCUGCUUUAUGAUCUGGGUCAUCUUACACAUUAUCCGAUGGCUAUAGGAAACUUAAGUGAUUUGGAAGAAGUGAGCCCCACGUCUGGACGUCCUCCGUGUUCCACCUUAUUUCAAGAGGCAGCCAUCUCAGCAAGAACAUACUAUAAAAAUCAACAUGUGUAUCCCUACACUUACCAAGGUGGUUACUUCUACCGACAUAAAAUGUACAAAGAAGCGUUUCAAAGUUGGGCAAAUGCUGCUGAUGUUAUCAGGUUGUAUAAUUACUCUCGAGAUGAUGAAGAAAUUUACAAAGAGUUCUUGGAGAUUGCUAACGAGUUGAUUCCACACAUCAUGAAGGUGGUGAGCUCAGGCCAUAGUGCUCGCUCAAUCCUUAAGGAUCCUGAAUGCUUUGCGCAUCUUCUCCGCUUCUACGACGGGAUAUGCCAAUGGGAAGAGGGAAGCCCUACACCGGUGUUGCACAUCGGCUGGGCAAAACCUCUCGUAAACACGAUUUCCAAGUUCGACGCUGACGUGCGCGCCCAAGUGAUCAUAGAAUGCCGUGGUGACGAAUCGAGCGAGGGGUUUGAAGGCGCUGCUGCCGAGCAUGACACAGAUGGGAAGGAUGAUGGAGGAAAGAAGGAAUUGCUUCUUACGCUACUCAAGGAGGACACCAGUUGUACAGAUGAAGAAGUUAUGAGUAACAACAAGAACAGCAGUGGAAGAGAUGUGGCAGGAGAUCCCAAGUACCUGAAUAACGAGUAUCUAAACAACAAUAAUUACUGCAAGACGAGGGAGGGAGGUGUUGGCAACAGUACACGGGACAUCAUACGAACACUGGAAUCAAAAGUUAUCGGAGAAGAGGCAGGUAAACAGAAGUCGCAAGGAGGCGCUGAGGUGUUGGCUCCUCACCCAAGCAUCGCUGCGCUCACAGCUGCAUGCGGUGAAAAGAUACUUAACCCAGAGUAUCUUCUGCAGGGCGGUGGUGAGCCGUUCGUAGGAGCAGGCAGCAUCGCUUCGGAGCCUAAAGUAACCACAGUACCAACAUCAAAUGGAGCACACAAUCCUGGCCCUUCGAAACAGAACGCAUCCCUUGGCAGUGGAAAUGUAAGGGUUCGAGAUCAGUCUGAGCUUAAGUCCCCAGGCAGACCGAGACUUACAUUGCACAGCCAGAAGAUGAAGGGUCUAAAAGACCUGUUACUAGCAGAAAAAUUGAACACUCAUGCCAUUUCAUUGCAGCUUACUGCACAGUCCCAGGUGCAGGUUAGUAGGAAAGGCCGAGGAAGUCGACGAUCGAGUGACAUAUGUCUUCGUAACGCACUAGACAAAAAAACGUGCAAACCGAGUAAUUAG